CAGGCAGAGCAAUAUUGAGCCAUUUUGAGUGUUCGCCGGCGAGGAGCACCACAGUGCGGCAUAAUUCCAGACCCGCAGCAGUGAUCCGGCACUCUCACGACAGGAAUAAAGCAGCCCGACGGCGCCUCGAACCACUGCAGCAGGACAGGGCAGCCCCAAGCCCUCUGAAACGAUGGCAUCCGCGCCGAAGCGAUGGAUGCUUCUGCUCAUGGUAGCACGCAUGAGGGCACAACCCGGCGGUGGCGGCGACUCCGGUGACGGCCCCGGCGACGGCCCCGGCGACGGCCCCGGCGGCGACGGCAACGACAAACGGUGCCAAUUCAACAUGACCCAGCGCGCAUUUCACUCGCACCGCACGCUCGAAGACAUACUUCUGAGCACGGAGUACGAUGCCAGCUCGAGACCCGAGGUCGCAAGAGAGAAAGACCUGAAGAACAAGCCCACCGCGGUCACCUGGACGCUCGCGACGAAGGGCUUCUCCAUCAGCGAGAAGGCGAACACCGUGACGCUCACGGGCGAGGUCACGGAGUCCUGGGUCGACGAACGAUUAGCGUUCAACUACACGCAGGGCGAUACUUGUCCUAGUGAUUCUCCACCCGUCUGGACCGUCUCGAAGAGUCAUUAUUAUCAGAUCUGGCGGCCCUGGCUCUACAUCUCGAAUCAAGUCUCCACGUCCGAUAUCUCCAACGCCGGCAGUUCGCUCAAGGUCGACGCGGACGGGACAGUGACGUGGACCUACAACACUCUGAUCACGGCGCGCUGCGCUUUGGACUUAAAAAGGAGUCCCUUCGACACACAAACGUGCGGCGUAGACGUCAUGUCCCUCUCGUACGAUGCCUUCGAGAUGGAGAUCAGCGGCGCCGCCUACUCGACGCAGCCCACCUUAGAAUGGAAGAUGCUGGGCGACGCCAAGGUGUCGUCGAACAGUGCGGUCAAGGAGGGUCCCGAUGCCCAAACGACAGGGCCGUCGUACGCCGUGCUAGAAGUACGCUUCGAGUUCAAAAGAAGGAACGGCUACCAAAUCCGGGAGAUAUUCGUGCCGGCGAUCCUAUACCUAUUACUAGCUUAUUGCGGUUUCUGGAUAGACCGGAAUGUGGCACCGGCAAGAGUCGCAAUCUCCGUCAUCCCAGUAUUGAUCACGCGGACGCUCCUGAACUCGGUCUACGCGACAAGCCAAUUGCUGCCCUACGUUAACGUGCUCACGCUCUACCUGAACAUCCUCAGCUAUCUCAAUAUCCUCGCUGUCUGCCAAUAUGCUCUGGUGCAGCGCUGCAUCCAGGACGAGAAGAAGGCGUUGCUACGACUAAAAGGCCUCGCAAAGAUGAGAGAUGUCAUCGACGCGCUCGUCGACGCGACAGAGACAGUUGCGCCGCCGCACGCCAAGACCCCCCCGGACCCAGAGGCGCCCGUGGCGGUCGUGCCCGGAAAGCGCAUCAUCCGGGCACGGAGCGAGCGCUUCGACGCGCUGCUCGCGCAGAAGGGGGUCAACCCCGUCGCCGGCCGCGCCGUCGCCGAGCUCAAACGAAUCUUCGAGCGGGCCGACCGCGACGGGUCCGGAGACAUCGAUAUGCUCGAGUUCUGCAAGGCGCUGCGAGGCUUCGGCAUCUACGACCCGCCCGACGCCGCGCGGCUCGCGCUGUCGUCGAUGCGCCACGCUGCGAAUCAGGACGACGCUACAUCAACGGUAGGUUUCGACGAGUUCGUCGACCUACUCCUCGGCUACGAGAAACAUCGAGUCGCGGAUAUCUUCCCGGGAGAGGAGCUGCGGAACUUUCGGUACCUGCCCGCGUCGCUCCAAUUGGACGUCGCCUGCCGCAUCGCCUUCCUCCCAUUCGCUGGUGUCGUGUUGGCCGUCGCGCUAUCUAUCUUGGACGCGCAGACGGCCGAGUAAUAACAACACAUGUC